UAAAAGCUCAAUAACAUCUCCGGUACAAGUAGUAUUACGACACACCACAGUGAACAGUCCAUCGGAAUACACAGAUCAAAGAGAUCAUCAAACAAUGAACUGCUUCCUAUUCACACUUUUCUUCGUUGCCGCACCGCUCGCAACGGCCUCCUAUGGUUCGGCUUCGGGUGGCGGUGGUGGUGCUUCCUACCUAUCAUCGGCCUCAUCCAAUGGUCUCGAUGAAUUAGUUCAAGCUGCUGCCGGUGGUGCUCAACAGGCUGGCGGUUCCAUUACUCCUGCCAAUGCUGAAAUUCCCGUCUCACCCGCGGAAGUGGCUCGUCUCAGCCAAGUGCAAGCUCAAUUGCAAGCGCUCAACUCCAACCCAGUCUAUCGUAAUUUGAAGAACUCCGACGCCAUUGCCGAAUCUUUGGCUGAAUCUAACUUGGCUUCGAAGAUUCGUCAGGGCAAUAUCAAUAUUGUUGCACCCAAUGUAGUUGAUCAGGGCGUCUAUCGUUCUCUGUUGGUGCCAUCUGGCCAAAAUAAUCAUCAAGUGAUCGCCACACAACCCUUGCCACCAAUCAUUGUCAAUCAGCCAGCUUUGCCACCAACUCAAAUUGGCGGUGGACCAGCUGCUGUUGUUAAAGCUGCCCCAGUCAUCUACAAGAUCAAACCAUCGGUGAUCUAUCAACAAGAAGUGAUCAACAAGGUACCAACUCCACUCAGCUUGAAUCCAGUCUACGUAAAAGUAUACAAACCAGGCAAAAAGGUUGAUGCUCCCCUUGUGCCCGGUGUACAACAGAGCUAUCAGGCUCCAUCAUACGGUAGUUCAUCAUACGGUGGAUCAUCAUACUCAGCUCCAGCACCAUCUUAUGAGGCAGCACCCACAUCAUCUUACAAUGAAGCGCCUGCUUCGUCAUAUAGCGCUGCUCCUGCUGCUCCAUCUUAUGGUGCUGCUCCUGCUCAAUCUUAUGGUGCUGCUCCCGCAUCCUCAUACGGCGGCGAAGCCUCUUAUGGUGCUCAAGCUCAAUCUUAUGGUGCUGCUCCCGCUUCUUCAUACGGCGGUGAAGCCUCUUAUGGUGCUGCCCCAAGUAGCAGCAGCGGCUACGGCAGUGCUCCACAACCAUCGGGCUAUUAAACAAUGCCUAGCUUAGAAUUUUUUCAGUCAUAAUUUUUUUUUACAUGUUUUAUACAUACGAACUUUUGUCCUGUUCGACAAUGAAAAAAUAAAAAAGCUUUUUUCAC